AUGAAGGAUGUCAAGCCAUUAUUUCCAGGGCCCGAACACUGGGUGAGGUGGAGAUAUGACCAGGUGAAGUUGAUGUUGGUGGAUGUCGGAACUUUGGCCCUUUCCAACCUUACGGAACUAUUUAGGAUCCCAGCAGCCUUCCUAUCUGGUACAUCCGGUGACAUAUUAGAAGGAGCCCUGCUCCGGAGCUUGAGAGCAACCAAUAUCGCCCUCGAGCCGAUGCACUGA